UCGGCAUCCAUCAGCGGGCGGGGGUGUCGCGGAACAGGCUGCUCCGCAGAGCCCGCCGCGGCCUAGCGCGCCCGCCCCGCGGCCUGUCGACCCCGCAGGAGCCGUCAGGGCGCCCCCCGCCCAGCCUGCCCGAGAUGGGGACCCCUGGGCUCAGGCGUGCUGGUCACCAUGACGACAGAGACAGGCCCCGAUUCUGAGGUGAAGAAGGCUCAGGAGGAGGCUCCACAGCAGCCUGAGGCAGCCGCUGCCGCGACCACCCCUGUGACUCCUGCAGGCCACGGCCACCCUGAGGCCAACUCCAAUGAGAAGCACCCGCCCCAGCAGGACACUCGGCCUGCUGAACAGAGCCUAGACAUGGAGGAGAAGGGCUAUGGGGAAGCUGAUGGCCUGUCAGAAAGGACCACGCCCAGCAGAGCCCAGAAAUCACCCCAGAAGAUUGCCAAGAAGUACAAGAGUGCCAUCUGCCGAAUCACUCUGCUUGAUGCCUCUGAGUACGAGUGUGAAGUGGAGAAACAUGGCCGGGGCCAGGUGCUGUUUGACCUGGUCUGUGAGCACCUCAACCUCCUGGAGAAGGACUACUUCGGCCUGACUUUCUGUGAUGCUGACAGCCAGAAGAACUGGCUGGACCCCUCCAAGGAAAUCAAGAAGCAGAUCCGGAGCAGCCCCUGGAAUUUUGCCUUCACGGUCAAGUUCUACCCCCCUGAUCCUGCCCAGCUGACAGAAGACAUCACAAGAUACUACCUGUGCCUGCAGCUGCGGGCGGACAUCAUCACGGGCCGGCUGCCCUGCUCCUUCGUCACACAUGCCCUCCUGGGCUCCUACGCCGUGCAGGCCGAGCUGGGCGACUAUGAUGCCGAGGAGCACGUAGGCAACUAUGUCAGCGAGCUCCGCUUCGCCCCCAACCAGACCCGGGAGCUGGAGGAGAGGAUCAUGGAGCUGCACAAGACUUACAGGGGCAUGACUCCGGGAGAGGCAGAAAUCCACUUCUUAGAGAACGCCAAGAAGCUUUCCAUGUAUGGAGUAGACCUGCACCAUGCCAAGGACUCCGAGGGCAUCGACAUCAUGUUGGGAGUCUGUGCCAAUGGCCUGCUCAUCUACCGGGACCGGCUGAGAAUCAACCGCUUCGCCUGGCCCAAGAUUCUUAAGAUCUCCUAUAAGAGGAGUAACUUCUAUAUCAAGAUCCGGCCUGGGGAGUACGAGCAGUUUGAGAGCACAAUUGGCUUUAAGCUCCCAAACCACCGGUCAGCCAAGCGGCUGUGGAAGGUCUGCAUUGAGCACCACACGUUCUUCCGGCUGGUGUCACCUGAGCCCCCACCCAAGGGCUUCCUGGUGAUGGGCUCCAAGUUCCGGUAUAGUGGGAGGACCCAGGCACAGACCCGCCAGGCCAGCGCUCUCAUUGAUCGGCCUGCACCCUUCUUUGAGCGCUCCUCCAGCAAACGGUACACCAUGUCCCGCAGCCUUGAUGGAGCGGAGUUCUCUCGCCCAGCCUCGGUUAGUGAGAACCAUGACGCAGGACCCGAUGGUGACAAGCAGGAGGAGGAUGGCGAGUCUGGGGGUAGGCGGUCAGAGGCCGAGGAGGGAGAGGUCAGGACUCCCACGAAGAUCAAGGAGCUAAAGCCGGAGCAGGAAACCACGCCGAGACACAAGCAGGAGUUCUUAGACAAGCCAGAGGAUGUCUUGCUCAAGCACCAGGCCAGCAUCAAUGAGCUCAAGAGGACCCUGAAGGAACCCAACAGCAAACUGAUCCACCGGGAUCGAGACUGGGAGCGGGAGCGCAGGCUGCCCUCCUCACCCGCCUCCCCCUCCCCCAAGGGCACUCCUGAGAAAGCCAACGAGUCCCGGAGGACCCAGGACACCUCUCCGCAGGACUUGUCACCUGAGCCUGGGACGGCCACAGGCUGGGAAGUGUUCACUCAGAAAAGCCUUGCAGCAUCUCCUGAGGGUUCAGAGCAUUGGGUAUUUAUAGAAAGAGAGUACACUAGGCCAGAAGAUCUCAGUCUCCUAAAAGUGGCCACCACGCAGCAGGAAGAAAGUAAGGCAGGCCUCGCUGAUAUCCUUGCUGAUGGCAGACUUUCCAAAGUAGACGUCCUGGUGGACAAGUUCAAAGUUGAAGUGGCCACAGAAGAAAUGGUGGGAGUCAGAAGAGCAAAGACUCAGAAACAAAGAAGGGUGAUUGCAAGCCCUGAAGACUUCGAGUCAGUGUGGGAGGAAGGCCCCUGGGUCAGGGGGGGCCCAGGGGGGGCUUCUCUGGCUGCAGGCCGCACACGAGCAGAAAACCUCCUUGAGGGCCCCCAGUGGAGGGCGGGCGCUGGGGAGGCGACCAUCAAGAAGCGCUGGAUCUCAGGCGGUCAGCUGGAGGGCCAGAUGGAGCUGAGGAAGGAGCUGGAGGAGAUCCCAACCUGUGGAAGAACUGCUGCCUCAGGGGCCAGGCCAGGAGAGGCCAAGAGCCCCUCUCCAGCCUCCAGCAAGGGAGGACUCCAGUCAUUUCUACUGGACCCAGCCUGGUCGGAAGCCAGAGCCGACUCAAGUGAUGAAACUGAACCUUCCUUUGCAGAGAGGAGCUUCUACUUAAACUAUGGAGAGAAAGAUGCUGAAGACCAAGUCCCCCCUCCACCUCUGGAUGCCCUUCCUGUUGAUGAGACCAGGAUGGAGCUCCCAGAGAGCUCUGAGCUGAAUUCCUCAGGCCCACAGGGCUCUGCUGCAGCUUCUGGCAGGAACAAGGAUGAAGAGAGUGAAGCCCACGCAGCCUCCUUAGAGGAAGGGGCAGGGAUCCCUGGGAGCCAUGGAAGAUCAGAUCGCCUAGAGGUGUUUGUUGAGCAGCUUGGUAAGGGACCUUCUCCACGGCAGACGUUUGCUGAGGACUGGGAAGAAGCUGGGCAGGGGGUGCAAGGAGAAUUUAGCCACCCAGCAUCCAACUUAGGCACAGUGGAAGAGGCCCCCAAGAGCGGAGAUCUGAUGGAAAAGGCUGAGGAAAAUCCCCCAGCAGGAUGGAAGAACCGCUCACCUCCCAGAGGAGGGGGCAUGUGCCCAGACCUCCCAGCCUGCAUCGUUCCACAGGCCGUCCCUCCUAACGAGGUCCGGAAGCCAGCCAAACCAGACCGAGGCAGCUUCCCGCCCCAAGACAGGAGACUGGUUCACAUCCACACAGGAGGCCCUGCGACGGAGGACAGCAAGGCCUCAGCGUUUCUCCAGAUGGAGGUGAUCACCCCCCUCCCAGCCUCCCCUGGUCCCUUUCAGGCUCAGGCAGCUCCAGAGGAAACUUCUCCAAGCCCUGCCCGUCGUGGAUCAGGAGAGCCUCCGCACCUUGGGGAUCCUUUUGGAGAACAGUCCCCUGCUUUUCCCAAACACGCCCAUCCUUUUAAAGAGAGCCCGGAGCCCAAGGACCGCAUAGGACCAUUCGCAGCCCUGGACGGAGGUGAGCGCAGAGCACCUCCCGUUGCCAGCAGAAAGCCCAGAGUUGUGUCUGAAGAAGCCGAGGGAGCUUUACCCCUGUGGUUGGUGUUUCCUUCAGGGAAGCAAAAAGAGAUGACCUCUUUCCAGGCUGGGGGCCGAGAGGACUCCCUGGAAGAUAUUAGCAAGACCUCAGUGGCCAACAAAAUUCGGAUCUUUGAGACCCAUGGAGCUGAAACUCGCCGAGCGAGUCAAGGCGAAACAAGGGCCCCAAUAAAUGAGUUGUCUUCAGAGACCUCCAUGGGUCAGGUAGAGCAACAGCGGAAUAAGCUUUUGGACCUGGGCUUUGUCCAACUCCAGCCCCUGGGGGACCUCACUGGCCCCAAAGCCACCCACUCCUCAGUGAUGUCACUGGCUGCCAGACACUUCAGGGAGGGCACUUCUACCACAUCCCACGAGGAAGGAUGCACAGAACUCGAGCUCGAGUCCCCUGAUUCAGGCUGUGAAACUGCGCUGGAGGUAGCCACUGGGGGAACUGGCCACAACAAAUCCGGAGAUGCGGUCAGGGAAGAGAAGCACAUCACCAGCUUAGCAGCAAACCCUCCUGGAAAUGGGGGGCACCUGAGAUUCGCCAGCCCCUCGGGCCCUCAGAGAGCAGGGAUAAGGGAGGGCUCAGAGGAGAAGGUCAAACCACCUCGUCCCAGGGCCCCAGAGAGUGACACAGGAGAUGAGGACCAGGACCAGGAGAGGGACGCGGUAUUCCUGAAAGACAACCACCUGGCUAUUGAGCGUAAGUGCUCCAGCAUCACGGUCAGCUCCACGUCCAGCCUGGAAGCUGAGGUUGACUUCACGGUCAUUGGCGACUACCACGGCAGCGCCUUCGAAGACUUCUCCCGCAGCCUGCCUGAGCUCGACAGAGACAAAAGCGACUCCGAAACCGAAGGCCUGGUGUUUUCCCGGGAUCUCAGCAAGGGGGGCCCCAGCCAGGAAGAUGAGCCUGGGGGCAUCGAGGAUAGCCCAUAUCGAGGGGCCUGCGCCACCCCAGAUAUGCCCCAGUUUGAGCCUGUGAAAACAGAAACCAUGACUGUCAGCAGCCUGGCCAUCAGGAAGAAGAUUGAGCCAGAGGCUGUACUGCAGACCAGACUCACCAAUGUGGACAGCACCCAGCAGGUUGAUGGGACUGCCCUAGGGGGAAAGGAGUUCAUAACAACCGCUCCCUCCAUCACCACGGAGACCAUAUCAACCACCAUGGAGAACAGUCUCAAGUCCGGGAAGGGGGCAGCUGCCAUGAUCCCAGGCCCACAGACGGUGGCCACGGAAAUCCGUUCUCUUUCUCCGAUCAUCGGGAAAGAUGUCCUCACCAGCACCUACGGCGCCACUGCGGAAACCCUCUCCACCUCCACCACCACCCAUGUUACCAAAACUGUGAAAGGGGGUUUUUCUGAGACGAGGAUCGAGAAGCGAAUCAUCAUCACUGGGGAUGAAGAUGUUGAUCAAGACCAGGCCCUGGCUUUGGCCAUCAAGGAGGCCAAACUGCAGCAUCCUGACAUGCUGGUAACCAAAGCUGUCGUAUACAGAGAAACAGACCCGUCCCCGGAGGAGAGGGACAGGAAGCCACAGGAAUCCUGACCUCUGUGAAGAGAUGCUGGCAUUUCUGGUCCAACCCAAGCCAGAGAACCGUCAAGAAGGGGCCUUCAUUCUGGAUUCUCCUACUCAACACCGAAGUCCCAGCUGUGACGCACUGUCACCGGAGAGGGACUGGGAAAGGAAAAGCAUAUAUAUAUAGAUAUAUAUAGAUAUAGAUAUAUAUACAGGAAACACCGCGUCCUUGCACUGCUGCUGGGGCUGGCCAAGCAGUCGGCCAACAGCAACAACCAACAUCUGAACGCCUACAUUUCCUUUGCAGACACAUUGAAGAAUUGGUGGGAUUUUUCAGGAAAAAAAAUUACAAUAAUCUUGCUCCCCAUUUCGAAGCCCCGUGGAACGCCAGAAGCAAGCCCAACCUCACUGAUGGUAGGAGUCCAACACGAUCCCGGUUCUGCACGUUACACUGAGCAGACGAGCAUUGCAUUUGUCCUGCAGCGUGUGUUGCCCACUCCAAUGCAAAGGAAAACACUUUUGCAGCAAAGCAAGAGAAGUCGCAGCAGCAAGACACGCACCAUCAACCAUUUGCCGAGAAAGAAAGAAACCCACCCCCUUCCCCAACUCGGAAAGGAGGAGGAACACUGGAUUAUUAUUUUUUGGGUCUUGACACUGGGCUGCAAAAUCCACCUUUCUUUCUCCCACCUUCCCUCCCCCUGACUCAGUCUAUGGUCAUUUCUGUCUCGGCUCUCUCCUCCCCCUCCCCCCCCCUGCGUUUCCCUCCCCUCCCCCCAUCUCCCCACCCUCUGUCUCCUGGUCCUGCUGAGGGCCACUGCAGAUGACUCUGGUUUGAAACAAGAAAAAGAAAAGAAAGCAAGAACAGAAAACCCAGCCACAGGAAGGAAAGUAGACCUUGUAUGUUUAUGGGUUCUCAUUAUGAAGGUGCAGCUUGUAGGAAAUGUGUAUGGAUGUGCUUUUAAGUUAUGUAUAUUACAUAUAACAGGAAACAAAUAUUAAAAUAAACAGUGCUGGUAAGUAUGAAGCUGACAUUUUAAAAUUAUAAUUAUCCGACUGUGAUUGAUGUAUCCCAAGGUUCUUAGAUCUCCCUGAACCGGCCCAGCCAAGGACACCUGGACUCACAGUGGGUUGCUCACAGUAGGAGCUGAUGGUUCGGCGUAGUAAUACAGUGUGUGGUAUUUGUACUUGGUUGAUUGGUGGGGAGGGGUGGGGUCCCCAGAUGGAGGGGCAGGGGUUUGGCAAGAAGGAAGAAACACAGAUGUAGUCCAAGAUGCCUUCUCCCCUCGGGCAGUAGCCACCAGGGCCUGGUCUAUGCUCAGGUGUGGGGUCCAGAGUUAGGAUUUUGCUACCUCCCUAGGGAACUUGUUUUGGUUUUCAGUCUUCUCUUUCUUUUUUUUUUUUUUUUUGGUCACAUGUCUUUCCCCUGAUCACAUUGUGACAGCUGACACCCCCUCCAGAGGGAGGUGAGGCCGCUGCCCGCUGCAGAGGAUGGUGGCUUUAACCUGGCUGUCUGGAGAGUCCAGCUCACUCUUAUCCUCUGCCCUCCCACAUUCAUUCUCUUCCUCCCAGGCCAAAGCAGCCAUAGAGACCAUGGACAUGGACACAGGACAGGCCCUCAUAGGUCAAAACUUCAUUUCCAAAGGCUUCGCCUGCCCCUGAAUAAGCUAAGGGUGAGAGCUGGUGUUGCUCCAAGCCUCCAUUUACGUAUCAGAUGCUGGCUUCGGGAACCUCCUCUUCAGCCAGCAUCUGAGCUUUGAGCCUGUGCCCUCAGAGUCCCCCAAAUGGCCUCCAGAUCACAGAAGCCCUUGGAGAAGACCCCAUCAAAAGCUUGGCAUUGACCUCUGGCACACAUGGUGUUUCCCACGCUUGCCUGCCAUGAGCUGCUUUUCUGAGCUCACUGAGUCUUCUUUGGAGGAAUAUAUACCCCACUGCACUUUAACUUCUCAGUCCCGCCACUAAAGCGGUCAUUAAAUUCAUUCAACAAAUAUUCAUGUAUUGAGUACUUACAUGUGCCAGGCACUAUGCUUGGGCUGAAGGAGAGAAUGUGGGGGAGGGGAGGGGCCUGGAGGUCCUCUGAGCCAGCCUUACAUCUUCAAUCAUGGCUUGCCCCUCUGAGAUUCCCACAUUCUCUUCGUGUAUGGAUCAUUGCCCAGCAACACCCCCCCUGGGGGGGGCCCAGGCUGACUUAUCAGUUACCCCAGUGACAUAUGUGCUUAGUUUGCUAAGCUGGUGCUGACCUGAGGCAGGAUGGGAAACUAGAACAGCGUUUGCCUCUGUGGGCAAAAAUGGGACAGAGCAGGCAGGGAGAGUCCUGCAUCUGGGGCUAAGAUGGCCGAUUCGGCCGCAUCCCGCCAGAAGCAAGGCCAGUGGCACCUCCAACUUCCCCUGAGUGUGACAGCUCACAUUCCAUGUACCAGGUUCUUUUUACCACCCUGGUGGAGAAGCCACAGAACCUCCUUCCCGCCCCUCCCAACUUGAGAGCUCCCAUUCUUUCUGGGCCGUGGGCCGGAGUGGCUCCACGCUCUCUGGACCACCUGGAAUUUGGCUCAGCCACCCCUGCCAGGCGUCCCCGACCACACUGGUCACACCACAGAGGGAGAAUAUUUGUUCUGGAUUCUACACCUCAUCACAAACCCCUGAAUGUGUGGCUUCAGGGCAGGGAUGACGUGACUAGAUUUAGCUUGUGGGCUGGCCAGGGUUUGCAGAGAUCUCCAUCCCAUGGAUGCUGUGACCUUCCUUCCGUGGAGAGGCAGGCAGUGCCACCAGGGAGGAGGGGAGCUGCAAAGCUGAAAUCUAGGGCGCUGUUUCCUCCCCAUCCUCCUCUUCAUAGAGAAUAUAGAUGUUUGUCUUGUCUGUCUUCAACCUACUUUUCUUCUUUUCCUUUUUACAUUUCACAUCGUUUCUGUGCUGCCUCUCCACCCAGGAGACCAUGUAGCAUAGCGGAAAAUGUCCUGGAGGGUAUCUUGGCUCAGCCAUGAGACAUUGGACUAGCCCCAUCCCACCCACCCACCCUUUUGGGCCUCAGUUUCCCCACUUACAAAAUGAGCAAGAUAAACCAGACGCUCUCCAGGAUCUUUUCUCAGUCUGCUGUCGUUCAGAUCUUCAUUUUCUCUUAUUUUGCUUUCUCGGGAUCUUUUCCAUCUGAGGGUACAGGAAGUGCCAGGGCCUGUUUUCAGUUUUUGAAUCCUGCAAGCACAUUCCAAGACUGGCCUGCAAUUGCAUGAGCAACAUCACUCUAAAUAAUUUUUUUUUUCCAAAGCACCUUACCAACCAAUUGCGAUGCUGUCCUGUUCCUUUUUACUCACACCCCUCCCUCCCCUCUCGUCCCGCGCUCCCCAACCUCAGUGCUCUGUGCUGUAUGCGUGUGCUCUCUGUUCUUGUAUACUCAAUAAAAGUGAAAUAAAUGUGUUUGAUGCUGAACCACGAA